UUGUCCCCCCGCGCGGCCCGUCGCCCGGCGCCGCGGCGGGAAAUACGACAGACUCCUCCCGGCCGCCGCCUCCUUCAGCCCUCGCGCGCCUGCCUGGGUCGGCCCUGCUGCGAUGGAGGAGGAGGAGGACGGGGCGGCCGAGGAGCAGCAGCGAUUCUCCUACCGACAGAGGCUGAAAGCAGCCGUCCACUACACUGUUGGUUGUCUCUGCGAGGAAGUUGCAUCGGACAGAGAGAUGCCAUUCAGCAAACAAACCAUCGCAGCGAUCUCAGAGCUGACCUUCCGGCAGUGCGAAACUUUUGCCAAAGACCUUGAAAUGUUCGCAAGACAUGCGAAAAGAAGCACAAUUAACACCGAAGAUGUGAAGCUCUUAGCCAGGAGGAGUAAUUCACUGCUAAAAUACAUCACAGAGAAAAACGAAGAGCUCACUCAGUUUAACACAGAACAAAAAGCAAAGAAGAAGAAGCAGCUAGAGAAUGACAACACAAAAUCAGUGGCACCGGCAGAGGCUGAAGCGGCCGGAAAGGACGGUUCUUGACUCUGUCGCCACCGGCAGAAGCAGCCUUGAGCGGGGAGGGCGGCCGGGAGCCCCGCUGCCACAGAGGGGUUUUCGAAGGGAUCAGUAGAGAGUAAAAUAAAAAGGCUAAGAGGCUUGCUGGGC